CUAUCCCCUAGGCCCCCACUUUAUUUUUCCUCCGCCCUCUCUCUCUCUAAAAACCUUUCUACUUCAAUUCCUACUCCACAACUUCUCUAAAGCAUUUUUGGACACUGAAGCUCUCUCUCUCUCUUUCCCCUCUCUGUACUUCCAGAACUUUCUUCCACUCGAAUGGCAGCCACGACAGAAGCCAAAGGAGUGAAACCAGAAAUUAAAGAAGGGAAAACAGAGCCCAAAGAAGCGAAACCAGAGUCUAAAGAUGUAACAGAAGAAAACACAGAACCUCCUCUCAAGUACAAGACAUGGGUCUUGAAAGUCUCCAUCCACUGUGAAGGAUGCAAAAGGAAAGUCAAAAAGAUCCUCACAAACAUUGAUGGUGUUUAUACCACAAACAUUGAUUUGAGACAACAAAAAGUAACAGUGACAGGAAACGUUGAGGCAGAGACUUUGAUUAAGAAAUUGGUAAAGGCAGGCAAGCAUGCAGAGUUAUGGCCUGAAAAAGCUGUCCAGAAAGAGAAAAAGCAAGGCAAAGGAAAGAACAAGAAACAGAAAGAAAAAGAGAAACAGAGCGACCAAGAAAGCAGUGAAGAGGGUGAUAUUAAAGAAAGGGAAAGUGAACAGCCGGUACAAGACUCUCCUAAAAGCAGUGAAAACGGCGGCACGCACAAAAAUUUCGACGGCGGUAAUGUUAACAAAACCGGUGAAGGUGGUGGGGCGACCGGAAAAUCCGGUGGACAAGUCAAGGAUCCGAAGCCUGAGUCCAAGCAGAGUGUGACCAUUUUGGUCGGUAACCCGUCUCCGGCGGCUGAAAAGAAGGUUGUUAUCGGUGGUGGAGAAAGCGAAGGUGGUAAUGUUGAGAAAAGUGGUGGUGGUGGCAGUGGAGGGAAAAAGAAGAAAAAGAAGGGGCAUAAGGGGAAUAAAAAUGUUGAAGAGGGUGUGCAUUCUGGUGAUGCACCCGCACGCACUGGAUCACCUUCACCUCCUCACGGUCACAGCCACAGCCACGUUCAAGGUUACGGUCAACCAACAUUUCCACAUCCAGCCAAUCAUAUCCCUCCACGUCAUGACGUGUACCAGUACCCCACCCACACACAUUACUAUGCACCUCCGGUGUACGCUGUGAACUACAAUACUGCACAACCUAGCAGUAGCCACAGCGCAUCGUAUUAUUCUGCACCACCACCGUAUUCAUACGCGUACGUGCAUCCAAGCUCUACCACUGAAUCUCCACCGUCGGAUUUCGACUCCUAUCCGCCGCACCGAUCCGAGUCGUUCGAGAUAUUCAGCGAUGAAAACCCAAAUGCAUGCUCAGUUAUGUGAUGUCACCAUGGAGGAAGUCAAGAAAUGACUGUUUUAGACAUCAUGGGGGCAUGGGACUUUAAUAAGUUUGUGGGGGUAAUUUUGUAAUGAACGUGAAUGUAGAUAUGAAGGGGAAAAACCCUUCUAGUUUUAAGUUAAUAAGAGGGGAUUUUAGUGUUCCUCCCUAAAAUCCUCUCUGUUUAGCUAUGUGUUUGUGAAAUUGUUGCUUAGCUUUAAUGUAGUAAGUUUUACUCUUUUUGAGGGUGAUUAAAGUUGCAAUGCUUGAUUGUUGUUU